CCCAUCCCCACGUGAAUGUGCAAGCAUGAUGGUAUACUGUAAAUGAGCCGUAGAUUUAAUUUCCAGAAGUUGUAAUUAAGAACUCAACAGUGUCUAUUUUCAUCAGCACAUCAUUUAAGGGUGCAGUCGUGAAGCAAUGGCAACUUUUCGGAAGAAGGUGGACAACCGUAUUCGGGUCCAGAUAGAAAACGGAGUCGCUGAACACCACCGCUCCAUGUUCGUUAUAGUUGGCGAUCGUGGAAGAGAUCAGGUUGUCAUUCUUCACCACAUGCUGUCUAAAGCAACAGUCAGAGCCCGGCCGUCGGUGUUGUGGUGCUACAAAAAAGAGCUCGGAUUCAGCAGCAAUCGAAAAAAGAGGAUGCGUCAGCUGCAGAAGAAGAUCAAAACAGGCACGCUGAACCUAAAUCAGGAUGAUCCAUUUGAGCUCUUUGUUGCUGCGACCAACAUCCGCUACUGCUAUUAUAACGAAACUCACAAGAUCCUGGGAAACACUUUCGGCAUGUGUGUCCUACAGGACUUUGAAGCUCUCACUCCCAAUCUUUUGGCUCGGACAGUGGAGACGGUGGAGGGUGGAGGGCUUGUGGUCAUUCUCUUGAGGACGAUGAACUCACUAAAGCAGCUCUACACGAUGACGAUGGAUGUCCAUUCUCGAUACAGGACAGAGGCUCACCAGGAUGUUAUUGGAAGAUUUAAUGAAAGAUUCAUUCUGUCGCUGUCCUCCUGUAAGACGUGUGUUGUGAUUGAUGACCAGCUCAACAUUCUGCCCAUCUCCUCUCACGCUACCAACAUCAAACCCAUCCCUCCAAAAAAACAGGAUGAUGGACUUUCUCCGAGAGAACAGGAGCUGAAGGACCUGAAGGAGUCUUUACAGGACACACAGCCGGUUGGGGUUCUAGUGGACGGCUGUAAAACUAUGGACCAGGCCAAGGCAGUGCUGAAGUUCAUUGAGGCCAUUUCAGAGAAGACGUUGCGCAGCACUGUAGCUCUUACUGCUGCUCGCGGUCGAGGCAAAUCUGCUGCUCUGGGAUUGGCAAUGGCUGGAGCUGUCGCGUUUGGCUAUUCAAAUAUUUUUGUCACGUCACCCAGUCCAGACAAUCUGCACACGCUGUUUGAGUUCGUAUUUAAAGGAUUUGAUGCCCUGCAGUAUCAGGAACAUCUGGACUAUGAAAUAAUCCAGUCUCUGAAUCCAGAGUUUAACAAAGCUGUGGUCCGUGUUAACAUCUUUAAGGAACAUCGGCAGACCAUACAGUACAUUCAUCCAGCGGAUGCAGUGAAGUUAGGACAGGCCGAGCUGCUAGUCAUAGACGAGGCUGCUGCUAUUCCACUGCCUUUAGUCAAGAAACUACUCGGACCUUACCUUGUGUUUAUGGCAUCUACCAUCAAUGGCUACGAGGGCACCGGUCGAUCUCUGUCCCUCAAGCUGAUUCAGCAGUUAAGACAGCAGAGCUCAGAGAGCCAGCAGAACCUCUCAGCGGAGAACAGAAACACCAGCACUGCCAGACUGGCUGCAGCACGAAGCCUUCAUGAAGUGACCCUCCACGAGUCCAUCCGCUAUGGUCAGGGAGAUCAUGUGGAGAGAUGGCUGAAUGAGCUGCUGUGUUUGGACUGUUUGAGUGUACCACGCAUCAUUUCCGGCUGCCCUUUACCACAGACCUGUGACCUUUACUAUGUGAAUCGAGACACGUUGUUUUGUUAUCACAAGGCUUCUGAGGCUUUCCUUCAGCGUCUUAUGGCACUUUACGUAGCAUCGCAUUACAAGAAUUCCCCCAAUGACCUUCAGAUGCUCUCGGAUGCUCCAGCUCAUCAUCUGUUUUGCCUACUACCGCCUGUUCCACCGACACAGAACUCACUGCCUGAAGUCUUAGCAGUCCUUCAGGUGUGUCUGGAAGGAGAAAUCUCACGUCAGUCUAUCCUCUCCAGCUUGUCCAGAGGGAAGAAAGCUUCUGGUGACCUUAUUCCCUGGACUGUUUCUGAACAGUUUCAAGACUCAGAGUUUGCAGGUCUCUCAGGCGGCAGGAUCGUGCGUAUCGCUGUGAAUCCUGAUUAUCAAGGGAUGGGAUAUGGCACUCGUGCAUUGCAGCUGCUGCAAAGAUAUUAUGAAGGCCAGUUUCCUGUUUGGGAUGAGCAAGAACAGACAACGACCAGUGCGAUCACAUCUGUGAGCAGUGAGGCUGUCAGUCUGCUGGAGGAGGUGGUUUCUCCUAGGAAAGAUCUGCCACCACUGCUGUUGAAGCUGAAUGAGAGAAGAGCCGAGCGGCUGGAUUACCUGGGAGUUUCUUACGGCCUCACUCCUCAACUACUGAAAUUCUGGAAGAAGGCUGGGUUUGUUCCUGUUUAUUUGAGACAGACUCCGAAUGACUUGACGGGCGAGCACUCCUGCAUUAUGCUCAAAGACCUCAAUGCUGAAGAGUCAACAGACCAGAACCAGUGGCUCUCUGCUUUUUGGAAGGAUUUCCGGCGGAGGUUUCUCUCCCUGCUGUCCUUCCAGUUCAGCAAAUUUAGCUCGACUCUGGCUCUAAAUAUACUACAGAACAAGAGUGCUAAGGAUGACAGCACGGCAGUUCUCACCAGUGGCGAACUCGCAGCCACCUUCACUCCAUAUGACCUGAAGCGUUUGGAGAUGUAUUCCAGAAACAUGGUGGACUAUCACCUCAUCAUGGACAUGAUUCCUGUUAUUGCACGCAUGCACUUCCUCAAACAAUUCGGUGACACCUCACUCUCUGUGGCCCAGAGUGCUCUACUUCUGGGAAUUGGCCUUCAGCACAAGAGUGUAGAUGAGCUGGAGAAGGAGAUCGGUCUGCCCAGUUCUCAGCUUAUGGGCCUGUUCAACCGUAUCAUCCGUAAAGUGGUGCAGUUCUUCAACACUCUUCAGGAGAGGGCUGUUGAAGCAGAGAUGGUGGCCACUAAAGACAUUAGCCUGGAACCAACAGUGCAGACACUGAAUGAAGAUCUGAAUGAUGCAGCCAAAGAGUUUGAAGAGAAACACAAGAAGGACAUUGAGAAGAUUAAGGAUAUGAAUCUGUCAGAGUACAUGAUUCGAGGUGAUGAUGAGGAAUGGGAUCAAGUGUUGAAGAAAGCAGGACAUUCAGCUAUUGUUAGCAUAAAAGGUGACAAGAAAAGGAAACUUGAAGGCACGAACCAGAAAGAACAGCGCGAAGGCAAGAAGAUGAAGAAAAUAAAGGACAAAAGGGGCAAAUUUGGAAAGAAAACAUAACAUGUACUUUAAAAAGAAAUUUUGAAAGUGACUGUGUUUUUUAUUGUUUUUUUUUAGUUUAAUUCAAGACUGAAUCCAAAUAAAAGCUUAAGAUGUUCGGAUAAA